UGCGAGCCUCGGAUGGCCGCGCGCCGGCUCCAAGAAGCCGGGGAGGGCGCGGCGGCCGGGAUGGCGCGGCGCGGGCCGCGCGGCUAGACGGGCGCCAGAGGAGCCGCCGGCCCGCGCCCUCCGUUCUCGGCCUCCCGGACCGGGCGCCGAGCCGCUGGGAGCCGCCUUCGCUGACGCGGGGCACCUGGACACUCGCGAGAUGCCCAACCCCAAAAACAGUAAAGGCGGCCGCAAAAACAAGCGCGCCAACAGCAGCGGGGACGAGCAGGAAAAUGGAGCCGGCGCCCUGGCAGCGGCGGGCGCGGCGGGCGCGGCGGCCGGGGGGGCCCUGGCGGCGGCGGCCGGCUGCGGAGCGGCGGCGGCGGGCGUGCCGGGCACCGGGGGCGCGGCGGGCGCGGGAGGCGCGGGGCCCGGUGCCGCGGCCGCCGCGGGGGCUGCAGCCGCUGGCGACGCCAAGAACGAAGCCCCUUGUGCCACGCCGCUGAUCUGCAGCUUCGGGAGGCCGGUUGACCUGGAGAAGGACGACUACCAGAAGGUGGUGUGCAACAACGAGCACUGCCCUCACAGCACCUGGAUGCACCUGCAGUGCUUCUACGAGUGGGAGAGCAGCAUCCUGGUGCAGUUCAACUGCAUCGGCCGGGCCCGCAGCUGGAACGAGAAGCAGUGCCGCCAGAACAUGUGGACCAAGAAGGGCUACGACCUGGCCUUCCGUUUCUGCUCCUGCCGCUGCGGCCAGGGCCACUUGAAGAAGGACACGGACUGGUACCAGGUGAAGCGGAUGCAGGAUGAGAAAAAGAAGAAGUCGGGGUCGGAGAGGAACACCGGAAGGCCCCCCGGUGAGGCGGUGGAGGAGGCCAAGAAGUGCCGGCCGCCCGCCAAGCCCCAGAAAGGCCUGAGCCACGACCUGCCCCGCCGGCAUUCCAUGGACCGGCAGAACUCCCAGGAGAAGGGCGCUGGGGCCGCAGCCUACGGGGCGCGCUCGCCCUGUGGCUCCCCGGGCCAGUCCCCGCCCACCGGCUACUCCAUCCUCUCCCCCGCCCACUUCAGCGGCCCCCGCUCCUCCAGGUACCUCGGGGAGUUCCUAAAGAACGCCAUCCACCUGGAGCCUCACAAAAAGGCUCUGGCGGGGGGCCACGUGUUCCGAAACGCCCACUUUGACUACAGCCCGGCGGGGUUGUCAGUUCACAGGGGGGGCCACUUCGACGCGCCCGUGCAGUUCCUGCGGCGCCUGGACCUGUCCGAGCUCCUCACGCACAUCCCCCGGCACAAGCUGAACACUUUCCACGUGCGGGUGGAGGACGAUGCCCAGAUGGGCCAGGGCGAGGACCUGCGGAAGUUCAUCCUCGCGGCCCUGAGCGCCAGCCACAGGAACGUGGUGAACUGUGCCCUGUGCCACCGGGCGCUCCCAGUGUUCGAGCAGUUCCCGCUGGUGGACGGAACUCUGUUCUUAAGCCCCUCGAGACACGACGAGAUCGAAUACGAUGUUCCCUGUCACCUUCAAGGGAGGCUCAUGCAUCUGUACGCAGUGUGCGUGGACUGCCUGGAAGGGGUUCACAAGAUCAUCUGCAUCAAGUGUAAGUCGCGGUGGGAUGGCAGCUGGCACCAGCUGGGCACCAUGUACACCUAUGACAUCCUGGCCGCCUCUCCAUGUUGUCAGGCCCGCCUGAACUGUAAGCACUGCGGGAAGCCAGUGAUCGACGUGCGGAUUGGGAUGCAGUACUUCUCCGAGUACAGCAACGUCCAGCAGUGUCCACACUGUGGCAACCUGGACUACCAUUUCGUGAAGCCAUUUUCCUCCUUCAAAGUUCUCGAAGCUUAUUGAUGAAAGCUUUGCUUUAGUAAUAGCUAUUUUAUUGAUAUUAUUACUUUAUUACAUAUCUUUUCUAGGGAAGCCUUCUGUGACAUUCAUUUCUUUUCUAAUUGAAAGGAGAGUUCCUUUGUGUAUGUGUGCCACUAAAAGGGGGGCUGCCCCUUGCCUUCUCUUGACUCCCGAGUGUUAGUCUGUGGUCAUGACCAGAGCCCAGCCAGUACUCCUGUGAGCUUGGGGGAGCGGUUAACUAUCACUAAGAGUCUCUCGGGCAGCUUUUAGGGUGGUGGGGAGGAUGGGGUGGAUUUAGGAAAGGGAUUAUGUGGUCAUAAACUGAGGGCAUGGCAGGAGUUGGGAAGAAACUCUUACUAAAAUGUUAACUGUCUAAAGACCCACUUUUAGAUCUUCUCUGGGCCUUGGGAAAAACAUGUGACAAGUGAAUGUAAUCUGUGCCUGGAGAGCUGAUGGUGUGUUUGUCCACCUUGGUUUGGCGUUCCGCAGCUCAUGCUGGCCUGCAGUUUCCCCUCACUGACAGAUCACUGGAAGGUGGACACGAGCCCUGAUUCUAUCCCUGUUGUAGUUUAGCAGCCAGUUUUCAUACUGAAAGUAAUAUCCAAAUUGUAAGGCAUAUGAAAGUAUAUAUUUUUAGGUAAGCUGACCUAUAACAAAGAGAAUAUGCUAAACGAAUUUGGAAAUGAUGCAGACUGACUCAAGAGGGCAAAAAGGCAGAACGCUGUCAUUUGAACUAUGUCUUUGAAGUUGGUCAGACAAGCUCUUAAGGAGAAUCCAAGAAUAACAUGAUUUGAGCGGUACUGAUUUAUAUAGGUUGCACUGUCGAAGUGCCAUUCGAUGGCAGAUCCUUCUCACAGGUAAAUCUCACAGCCACAGACCCUAACUGGUGAGUUUCAGAACCAAUUGCCACACUUGUCUUCCCCCCAGAUUGCUUAUGGCUGCAUUUUACCCCUUUAAUGCUGCGUUUCCCAAAUCAAAGAUUUUGCCCUAAAGAAGGAAAGGAAAAAAUUAUUUGUGAACCUUUGAGGAAAAGAAUAAUUUUAGUAUUUCUUUUUAAAGUGUUUAAUUUUGGAAGAUCACUGAUUAUAAUGCAUAACAAUAUGUUUGAAAAUAGAUUAUUCUGAAGAUCUCCAUGAUACCUUACCAUUGGUGAAGAAGAUGAUCGUUUACAGAACUUGAUUGGUCAGAGCAUUGAGCUUUCCAAAAUCCCAGCCUUCUGUUUGUUAGAUCUUUCUGAUUUAAGUAGACUGACACCCCAUACCUUUAGAGAACUGGAAUUGGAAUAUGAUUUCUCAAAAAUGAAUUUGAUAAUUUCAACUAUAAUACACAUAUAUGCUAAAAGAAUGUUGAAAAUAUGAUCCUUUUAUGGGUAGCUAAAUUUGAGGUUAUGUGAAUAUUUUCUGUUAUUUAGUUUAUACCAUUUUUUUUUCUCAGAAAAACAGUUGUUUUUCCUCUCAGAAGUGUUUAGGCAUCAUUGCAAGUGAGUUUCAGUUCUCCUACAUGGAAUAUUUGAUGUUUUGUUUGAAAGAACACAGCUGACAGUGAGAGAUUGACUAACAUUCUUUAUCUUUUGGUUUGCAUGAUUGUAAUUCGGCUGACCUCAUCCA